AUGGUUGAAACCACGCGCAAGAUCUGGGUCACGAGACCCAAAGCCUCCCCCACCCGAGUCACGAUCAAUCUCAACGACCUCGUCGACGAUGUACGCGAUAUGAUCCUGCGCAAGUACGGCAACACGCUGGGCAAGACGUUCGAUUCGCCCGACCUCAGUCUUCGCAUCCAGGCCCGCGAGGGUCCCGAAUACACUCAACGCAGUCGCAUCCUGGGCCCCGAGGAGCACAUGGGAAAUACCAUCGACGAAUACUAUCCAGGUGGCCAGACCGUCAAGGAGGCUCUCGUCAUCGACAUUCCCAGAGCUUCGACUACCCCCAGGCCCUCUCCGCGAGCGCCGCUGCCCCAUGCCGGCUCUGCGGGCUAUUACGUCGACGAUGGGCGUCCGUCCGAAACGGGCGAGGGCUACUUCCAGCUCGUCCCCGGGAACGCGUCUUCGCCUCGCCUCGGCAUGGCAGUUCCCGCCGCGCCCAACGGAUCCAUACCCCAUUCCAUGACGGUCAUCAACUCUGGCCACCUUCCCGCCAUUCCCUCUCCCGGAAGCGCCAGGGCUCGCCCCCACAGGGACCGCGACCAGCUCCACUAUCGCCCUCGGCACUCGCAUUCACGAACCCACUCGAGCUCUUCAGAGCACAUUGUGUCACACCCGAACGCGAUGCCCAAGUCUCCGGGACAUGAAAUGACGUCUGCUCGCAUGGGCACUCCCCCGCCCCAGCGGCUGGCAUCUCCGCGCUUGCCCAGCUCACGACCAAAGAAGAGCAAGAGGGGUCAGCAGCAGGAAUACCACCACAACCCAUCGCCGUCUGUCCUGACUGCCACGGUUCCCCCGAUUAGCGUUCUCAUCGUCGAAGAUAACCCGAUCAACCUGAAGCUGCUGGAGGCCUUUGUCAAGCGGCUCAAGGUCCGGUGGCAGACGGCCAUGAACGGCAGCGAAGCUGUCAAGAAGUGGAGAAGUGGCGGCUUUCACUUGGUGCUCAUGGAUAUUCAGCUGCCUGGUAUGAACGGACUGGAGGCCACGAGAGAGAUCCGCCGGCUGGAAAGACUCAACAACAUUGGCGUCUUUUCUGCGGCGCCGGGCAGCAUCCCGGAGACCGCACCCGCCGAAGAAGAGCUUACCGAGCAGGAUCGACUGGAUAACAUUGCUAAGUUCAAGAGUCCCGUUAUUAUCGUUGCUCUCACGGCUAGCUCGCUGCAGAGCGAUCGCCACGAAGCUCUGGCCUCGGGCUGCAACGAUUUCCUGACCAAGCCUGUCAACUUUGUUUGGCUCGAGCGCAAGGUGAUGGAAUGGGGAUGUAUGCAGGCACUUAUCGACUUUGACGGUUGGCGCAAGUGGAAGGACUACUCAGCCAAGGCCGAAGCGAUCCAAGCUGCCACAAAGAGGGCGCAACAGCAGGCUUACAAAAACAAGUCAAGAAAGAACCGCCCGGUAAUGUCGCCGUCGUAA